UUUAACCCUCACACCCAGUAGAUCUAAUAAUUUUAAAAUGGCGGCCAAAAAACAGUAUGGUCUUAUUAUUCCGAAAAGUAAACCUCAAGUUCUGACCAAACCAUCUGCCUUUGAUGAUGACAGCAGUGAUGAAGAUAAUGUGGAUGCAAGAAAGAAGCAAGUCAGUGCAUCGUUAAGAAAGGAAGGGAUAAAGAGACUUGAAGCUAAGACAACUAAGAAUAUGCUAACGGAAGCUUUGUGUGAAGAUCCAAGUGUGUUUGACUAUGAUGGGGUUUAUGAUCAAAUGCAGGAGAAGAAACGAGACUCAAAACUACUAGGAAAACAAGAUAGAAAAUCGAAAUAUAUUGCAAAUUUGAAAAGGACGGCAGAAGUGAGAAAGAUAGAACAAGAGCUAGCCUACGAGAGGAAGGUACAGAAGGAGAGAGAGACUGAGGGAGAAGCAUUCUCUGAUAAAGACUCCUUUGUUACUCCAAGCUACCUGAGGAAGCUAGAGGAAAGGGCAGCCAUUGAAGAGAGACUGAGGAAAGAAGAGGAGAUAGAGAAAUUAAAUGAUGUUACUAAGGAAACUGAUUUGAGCCGUUUUUAUCGAAACGUGUUGGAGAGAAAGACAACUGGUGCUCCAUCAUCUACCACUGAGGAACAAGAACAAGAUAGAGAGAAAGAAGACAGACAUGACUAUACUGAUACAUUCGAACAAAAUGAUAAUGAACCUUUAGAUGAAGCUGGUAGUGAAGAUGAUGAAGGUGGCAAUAAUGAUGAAGGAUCUGGUAAUGAAGGAAGUCCACCAGAGAAAGAAACUGAUGAACUUGAUGAGGAAGAGAGACAAGAAGCAAAAGAAGAUUCACCUCCGGUUCCAACUGUACCUGAACCCCAACCAGAGACUGUUGAAGAAAGACGAAAGCGUAUUUUUGCAAAAAGAACUAAUGAGGAAUCUGCCUUGUCUGCUAAAGAACGCUACCUGGCUAGGAAGAGAGCAAAGUUAUCUGAGCCUACUGUAAUAACAGAAGAUGAUUAAUUUUUAUUAUUGAAAA